AUGACCGCUGUUAACUAUACCAAAGAGAAGAAGGUUGGUGAGGGUACGUAUGCCGUGGUGUAUCUCGGGCAUCGUCAGACCGACGGCAGGCAGAUAGCCAUCAAAGAGAUCAAAACGUCGCAAUUCAAGGAUGGGCUGGACAUGUCGGCCAUCCGCGAGGUCAAGUAUCUGCAGGAAAUACGGCACGCAAACGUGAUCGAGCUGGUGGACCUGUUCAUGGCGCAGGAAAACCUGAACCUGGUGCUGGAGUUCCUGCCCGCAGACCUCGAGAUGCUCAUUAAAGACAGCUCGCUGCUGUUCACACAGGCGGACAUCAAGUCAUGGCUGCUGAUGACGCUGCGGGGCGUGCACCACUGCCACCGCAGCUUCAUCCUGCACCGCGACCUGAAGCCCAACAACUUGCUACUUGCGCCGGAUGGCCAGCUAAAGAUCGCAGAUUUCGGGCUUGCGCGUACACUGGCGGCGCCGCACGAGUUCAUGACCUCGAACGUGGUGACGCGCUGGUACCGCGCACCUGAGCUAUUGUUCGGCGCGCGCCACUACACGGCUGCUGUAGACUUGUGGUCUGUGGGCGUGAUAUUUGCCGAGCUGAUGCUGCGGAUUCCGUACCUGCCAGGCCGUGACGAUGUGGAUCAGAUCGACGUCACGUUCCGUGCGCUGGGCACACCUACGGACAAGGACUGGCCUGAGGUCUCGUCCUUCAGCGCGUACAACAAGAUCCAGGUAUACCCGCCUCCGUCGCGCAGCGAGCUGCGCAGCCGCUUCAUCGCUGCAACUGAGAAUGCCCUCGACCUGAUGUGCGGUAUGCUGACGAUGGACCCGCACAAACGGUGGGACACGACUCGUUGCCUGCUCAGUCAGUAUUUUGUAGAGCUUCCGGAGGCGACACCUCCUACGGAACUUCCAAAACUAAAUAAGUAA